AUGUUGUGUGGCAGGCGAUUGUAUUACACCGCGAAUUUUGUGGCUAGUCUGGCCAUUUUCUUCUUCGGCUACGAUCAAGGUAUCAUGGGAGGCGUCAACAACUCCCCGGACUAUGUUCGCGUUAUGAGGCUUGGAUAUUCAACUUACGGCGGUUCUUCUGAAGGCUAUGUGGUCACCAUCACAGAGCCCACACGUCAAGGGGGAAUUGUCAGCAUAUAUUACCUCGGUACGCUGCUUGGAUGUCUUAUGGGAGGUGCUCUCGGAGAUCGGAUUGGACGUAUCAAGACGAUGAUACUUGGUAGCGUAUGGGUUCUUGCCGGAGCCAUCUUACAGUGCUCGGCGCAAAACAUCACUUGGAUGCUCUGUGCUCGCCUCAUAAAUGGCAUCGGGACCGGAUACCUCAACGCCAUAGUACCAGUUUGGAGCGCCGAAGUUGCAUCGCCCAAGACAAGAGGAGCCUUCAUCGCGAGCGAAUUCACCCUGAACAUCUUCGGCGUCGUCGUAUCGUAUUGGCUGGAAUUCGGCCUCAGCUUCAUCGGUGAUGGGACCAGCCAAGUACGAUGGAGGUUGCCCAUCGCUAUCCAAGUGCUGCCGAUCCUCGUCUUUAUGGCAAAAAGUCCGCGAUGGCUCAUGAAGGUAGGCCGGCUGGAGGAGGCACGCUUGAUUCUCGCGCGUUUCCGUUCAGAGGACGGAGAUCCUGAGAAACCAGGCGUGAUGGCAGAGUACGACGAAAUUCUCGCAACGGUGCAGCUGGAGAAGGAACAUGCAGCAGGGAACUCGUACAUUGCGAUGUUCUUUGGUCUACAUGACGGCGACCUACAUGUUGCACGUCGCGUGCAACUAUCCAUGUGGUUGCAGAUCUUCCAGGAGUGGACGGGCAUUGCAGCAAUCAUCUUCUAUGCGUCGACCAUUUUCUCCAAUGCUGGCUAUGCACCGCGGAAAUCGCAAUGGUUAUCAGGCCUGAAUUAUAUCACAUACACGCUCUGCAGCUUGUUUGGGGUAGCUGCCAUCGACAGAGUAGGCCGACGCAUAGGUCUAUGGUGGGGUGCCGUCGGACAAGGCACCUCGCUGAUCCUCGCCGGUGCUUUCAGUCGACUGCUGAAAAACAAUCAUGCCAAGUCCUCUCAAUACGGCGGGGCAGCGGCGCUCUUCGUUUUCAGCUAUACGGCCAUCUUUGGUGCAACGUGGCUGGCGAUCCCAUGGGUGUAUCAAACGGAGACAUUCCCACUGUACGUGCGCGCACGAGGGAACGCAUGGGGCAUGGUCGGUUGGUCCAUCGGCAACGGCUGGAUGACCCUGCUAAAUCCGAUCAUGUUUUCCCGCAUGAGAGAGAAUACGUUGCACGUCUUCGGCGCAAUCAAUUUCGUGACGAUCCCUAUAGUAUGGGCCUUCUACCCGGAGACUGCAAAUCGCACGCUAGAAGAAAUGGACCAUCUGUUUACGAGUAGAAGCCCUUUUGUGUGGGACGAAGAAGCGCAUUUCAGACUGUGGAAGGAGGGAAACGGUAUGGUCACUACGGUGGCCAAGGGGACCAUAAACGAGGACAAUAAUGAAGUCGUUUCUUUGGCCAAGAAGUUGACAGCAGAAUGA